AUGUCAGGGUCAGGCCAAAAGAAAGAUACUUCCUUUUUCUUCGACUUCAUGAUGGGCGGUGUUUCUGCUGCUGUCUCAAAGACCGCUGCUGCCCCUAUCGAACGUGUCAAGUUACUUAUUCAAAAUCAAGACGAGAUGCUCAAGUCUGGUCGUCUUGCUACACCAUACAAGGGCAUUGGUGAAUGCUUUUCCCGAACAAUAAAGGAUGAGGGAGUUAUUAAUCUUUGGCGUGGCAAUACUGCCAAUGUUAUUCGAUAUUUUCCUACACAAGCCUUGAAUUUUGCUUUUAAGGAUAAGUUUAAGCGAAUGUUUAAUUACAAGAAAGACAAAGAUGGUUAUGCCAAAGUUUUUCUCGGAAAUAUCGCUUCUGGUGGUGCAGCUGGAGCUGUUUCUUUGACUUUUGUAUACUCGCUUGACUAUGCUAGAACUCGUCUUGCUAACGAUGCUAAAGCCGCCAAAAAGGGUGGUGAACGUCAAUUUAAUGGUCUUGUUGACGUCUAUCGUAAGACAAUUAAAUCAGAUGGUGUCGUUGGUCUUUACAGAGGAAUCAUAAUCUACAGAGGUCUUUAUUUCGGUAUGUUCGAUUCUUUGAAACCUCUUGUCCUUACUGGUACGCUUAAGGACAACUUCCUCGCAUCAUUCUUGCUUGGUUGGUCUGUGACCAUUGGAGCUGGCCUUGCAAGUUACCCCAUAGACACCGUACGUCGUCGUAUGAUGAUGACUUCUGGUGAAGCCGUAAAAUAUAAAUCCUCUUAUCAUGCCUUUAAGGAAAUUGUAGCCAAAGAAGGAACAAUGUCUUUGUUUAAAGGCGCUGGUGCAAACAUUCUUCGUGCUAUUGCUGGUGCUGGUGUAUUGGCUGGUUAUGAUCAACUUCAAGUAGUCUUCCUCGGUAAAGCUUACAAGUAA